AUGGUUAGUCGGUGUUUAGCGUUAGCUUUGUUGCUUGUUUGUGGCAUUAUUUUUAGUGCCAACGCAGGCCCUGCCUGGCCGUCGGGUGCCCCCUGGAAGCGGCGUGGCUGUGGCUACGAGUCAUGUCCGGGCCCGAAGGAGGGCAUGAUCAAUGUCCAUCUGGUGCCGCACAGCCACGAUGAUGUUGGUUGGCUUAAGACGGUCGAUCAGUACUACUAUGGAAGUCGCAACAGCAUUCAGAAGGCGGGCGUACAGUAUAUCCUUGAGUCGGUUGUGAGCGAGCUGUUGAAGGAUGCGAGCCGUCGCUUUAUCUACGCAGAGUCGGCUUUUCUGCACCGUUGGUACAUGGAGCAGCCUCGAAAGAUGCAGCAGCAGGUUCGCAUGCUGAUCGAUGAGGGCCGGUUGGAGAUCGUCGGAGGUGCCUGGAGCAUGAACGAUGAGGCUGCGGUCCAUUACCAGAGUGUUAUCGAUCAGUUCACGUGGGGAUUGCGGUUUCUGAACGAUACCUUCGGUGAGUGUGGACGACCACGUGUUGGCUGGCAGAUUGAUCCGUUUGGGCACUCGCGCGAGCAAGCGUCUAUGUUCGCGCAGAUGGGCUACGAUGGUGUGUUUUUUGCACGACUGGACUAUCAGGACAAAACGCACCGUAUGCAAACGAAAACGAUGGAGACGAUUUGGCGUAGCAGCAGCAACCUGGAGGAUAGCGAGCUGUUCACGAGCGCACUGUACAACCACUAUUCAGCACCACCGGGAUACUGCUUCGAUGUCCUGUGUAAUGAUGACCCAAUGAUCGAUGACAGCGAGAGUACUGAUUACAACGUGAAAGCUAAGACUGACACGUUUAUCGCUUGGCUGGAGAAGAUGGCAGAUUCUUAUCGUUCGACGAACCUAAUUGUCACCAUGGGCGAUGAUUUUAACUACAUGAACGCGGUGAUGAACUACAAAAAUAUGGACAAACUUAUCAAGUACACUAACGCCCGGCAAGCCGAAGGAUCCAAGAUCAACGUGUUGUACUCCACUCCCUCCUGCUAUCUGAAAGCCGUUCAUGAUGCAAACAUCGAGUGGCCCACUAAGUCCGACGAUUACUUCCCGUACGAGACCGACUACCAUUCGUUCUGGACGGGCUACUACACCUCCAGACCGACGCAGAAGCGUUACGAACGCGAGGGAAAUCACUUCCUACAGGUGUGUAAGCAGCUCUCGGCUAUUGCUCCGACGAAGGAAGCCUUCUACGAGUCCCAUUUGACGGUCCUUCGGAAUGUGAUGGGUGUGAUGCAGCAUCACGACGCCAUUACCGGUACGGAGAAGCAGCAUGUUGCCGAUGAUUACGCCCGGAUGCUGUACGAUGCGUUCGAAGCGUGUAGUGCUGUUACUCGAUCGGCAUUAAACCAACUGGCUGGGGAGCGAGACUCCUUAAAGCUGGAAUGGGCGUACUGCAAGCAGGCAAAUGUCAGCUCGUGUCCUAUGACGGAGAACUCCGCCAACAACGUGGUGCUAUUGUACAACCCUCUCGGACAUAGUUCGAGCGAUUACGUGCGAUUGCCGGUGAAGGAAGGUGACUAUUUAGUGCGAAACGAUCGAGGACAAACGGUACCAUCGACGCUGAUUCCUGUCCCAAGUUCGGUGAUUGAUCUUCCGUUCCGGGAAAGCUCAGCAACUCACGAGUUAGUGUUCCACGCCGAGCAGGUUGCUCCAGUAGGCUACCGAUCGUACUAUGUGUCGCAGGAAAAGUCCGAUGCAUCAUCAUAUGCAGCAGAAAUCCGCCAGGAAGACAAUGUGAGCAUCGGCAACGACUACCUGACGGUGCAUUUCGAUGAGAACGGCUUCCUGAGCUCGAUCACGGUGGAUGGGAAGACUCACGCUUUGAAGCAGAACUUCUUCUUCUACGAGGGAGCUUACGGCAAUAACGAGGAGUUCCGUAAUAGGUCCUCUGGAGCGUACAUUUUCCGGCCAAAUGGAACGGAUCGGGUCGUCACCGAUGUAGUGGAGCUGCAGGUUGUGAAGAGUGAUCUCGUGCAGGAGGUGCAUCAGAUAUUCAACGAGUGGAUCAGUCAGGUAGUUCGAGUGUACGCUGGUGAGAAGCACGUGGAGCUAGAGUGGCUUGUGGGACCGAUCCCGAUCGAUGAUGGCACGGGCAAGGAAGUGAUCUCUCGCUUCGAAUCAGACAUUGAGAGUGAUGGGGCUUUCUGGACGGACUCGAAUGGGCGAGAAAUGUUGCGACGUGUUCGGAACAAGCGCGAGACAUGGGAGCUCGACUUAAUUGAGCCAAUUUCCGGUAACUAUUACCCGAUUACUGCUAAGGUUGCGAUCGAAGAUGAGCACUACCGGAUGGCUUUGCUAACUGAUCGUGCCCAGGGUGGCUCGAGCCUUCAAGAUGGGCACCUGGAGUUGAUGGUUCAUCGCAGGCUACUGCGUGACGACGCGUUCGGUGUAGGAGAGGCCCUCAACGAGACCCAAUACGGGGCUGGAUUGGUAGCCCGAGGAAAGCAUUGGCUUUUCUUCGGUACGGCACACAAAGACGCCAGCCCUACGCUGCAGGCGAAGGAACGAUUUAUGCAGAACAAAAAACUCCUGCCUAGCUGGCCGUUUGUAAGCCCGGCUGAUAAUACGCUGACCUUCGAUGAUUACCUUUCGAGUUUCCGCAAUAUCUACUCGGCUAUCGCUCAACAGUUGCCUCCAAACGUGAACCUUCUUACGCUGGAACCAUGGAAGGACGGAACGGUGUUGGUACGAUUUGAGCAUCUGUUUGAGAAGGGCGAAGAUCCGGUUUAUUCGCAAGCUGUUCGCUUUAAUGUGCGGGACGUGCUGUACGCUCUGAACAUUGACAGCAUCUAUGAAACCACCCUCGGGGCUAACCAGUGGAAGGGAGAUGCGAAACGAUUGCAAUUCAGCACGGAUACGUCUGCAAAUGAAAUUUCACCAAAGGAACAGGUUGAGAACAUCCCAAUCGUCCAGCAGAGCACGGACUUUGAUAUUGAGCUGCACCCGAUGGAGAUAAGAACGUUCGUUGUGAAACGACGAUAA